UGUAGCACCUAGCAGCUCAUGUAAGCCAUGGUGAGUGCUUUCGUCGAAGCAACGUUACCUUGCCGUGCGGUUCGCAAGUAGCGUCCAGUUUAAGCUCCUGACUUAUGUCGCAAGCAUUAGCACCAGUCACUUCCCCAGACUCCAUGCUUUGAAGGCUUUCUCAAACCCUAAGUAGGAGGUACGUCCAUUCCACCAUGUGGAGCUCCUUCUUUCCUUCCUCCACGCUGCGCCUUUUCUCCUCGUCUCAGCCUUUUCCUCUUAACGACCUGCCUGACGAUGUCUUAGCUCGCGUUCUCCACUAUGUUACCCGCCGCUCCUUCGACCACGCCUUAGUCUGCAAGCGUUGGUACCAAUUAUCCUGCCUCUCGCGCACCUACGUCCACGUGUCACACGAAAUUUCCACGCCGAAGCUCCUUAAGUCCCUCGCGCGAUUCCCGCUUCUUACCCACCUUAUAAUCGCCGACGGGACGGUCUAUGACGCGGAUGACCUGCUCCUCUGCGGAUUAGGCGUGACCUGUCCGAAUCUUAAUCUCCUCCACGUGGGGUACCAGCAGCGCACGCGGUUCACCGAAGCCGGUCUGACCAAUUUAUUUCGCGGCUGCCCGCGGCUCCAGGUCAUCCGGCUCCUCUCCUACCGUCGCAUCGCCGCCCUCCCCCCUUCCAUCAACCUCCUAACCCGCCUAGAAGCACUCGAACUCGGACAAGGCGAGCGACUAGGUCAACCGUCCGUAUCUACCCUCUCCCGCUUCACCUCCUCUCACUGCAACCUCUCCCUCCUCUCGUCCCUCCGCACUAUCCGCAUCUCCAGCCGCUGCUUCCACCACCUACCACCGUCCAUCGGCGACCUGCCUUCGCUCCAGCACCUCGAGAUCAACGCCUUCGACCUCUGCAUGUUACCCGAAACCCUAGGCCGCGUCGGCACGCUCCGAGUGCUGAAGCUGGAGUCCGAGCGGCUGACAUGCCUCCCGGAUUCCCUAGGCGGGCUUUCCAACCUGGAGGAACUACACCUCUCCCAAUGCGCCGCCCUGACCUCCCUCCCAGAGUCCCUGGCCGACCUCUCCCGCCUCUGCCGCCUCCGCCUGAACGACUGUAGCGCGCUACAGCUGCUGCCGGCGGGUACAGCGCAGCUCACAGCGCUGGUAACCCUAGAGGUGGUCAGAUGCGAGAGGUUAACCAGCCUGCCAGAGGACAUUGGCUGUCUGGUACGGCUCGAGAGCCUGGAGCUGAAGCAGCUGCCGAGCUUGGUGGGCCUGCCCGAGUCCAUUGGGCAGUUGGGGGGCCUGCGAGUGUUGGAGUUGGAGGGUUGUGAUGGGUUGAGAGAGGUGCCUGGGACCUGGGCGCAUCUUGGGGGACUGGAGCGGCUGUGCGUGAAUGGCGCCAGGCACUUAAUGUCGCUUCCGCCUUUCCGUGUGCCUGCUUCGGCUGUGGGUUCAGGUGAUGGUUCUGCUGGUGGUGCCGGUCAGAGGGUGGGGGCCUCAGGUGAAUCUGGUCUGUUGGAUUCUCCUGGGGAGUGGGUCCGUAGGGGUGGGCAUCGUCAGCAUAGGUCGCUGGAUGAGCUGUCUCUUGAAGAUGCAUCUGCCUCUGCCGACGCUGCUGCUGCUGCUGCUGCUGCUGCUAGGGAUGCAGCCGCUGCUGCCAACGUGCUUUCCUCCCUCGAUGCAGCAGCGUUACCCACCAGCACAAUCACCGGCAGCACAACACCCAGGGCUGCUGCUGCCAGGGCUUUAGACUCGUCGUUGUUCCAUCACGCACCCCUCCCUCUCAUCAACGCCUUCCCACUCCCUUCCACUCUUUCCUCCCUCCGUUUCCUUGAAAUUUCCGACUGUGCUUCCCUCACCUCCCUGCCCGAAGACAUUGGGCGGCUACCCGUGCUUGAAACUCUCCUCCUGUUCAAGCUCCCGUCCCUCGGUCAUCUGCCCGAGUCUCUUGGGCAGCUGCCCGCGCUGAAAGUUUUCGGCCUGUCGCUCUGCCCGCGUCUGGAGGAGCUGCCCGUUUCUAUGGCGAACCUGCCCGUGCUACAGUGCCUGGUGAUCCAUGACUGCUGGCGACUGGCCUCUCUCCCCCCCAACGCGCUGAAGCAGUGGGAUACACUAACGGAGCUGAUUAUAGCGGAUUGCCCUGCUUUAGACGACCUUGGGAUUGGGUUGGAGGGGGCGGAGGGGGAGAGAGGGGGAGGGAGGAAGAGGAGGAGGUGGGCUGGGGCGGGAUGGAGGAGAGUGAGAGGGGCGGGGGCGGAGGGAGGGGGGAGGGGGGAGGGGGGUGGGGUGGGGAGGAGGAGAGUAGGGAAAGCAGCAGUCGAUGACGAUGAUGAGUUCGAGGGGGAUUCUUCGGACGAAGAGGACGACGAGAGCUAUGUGAGCGACGAGGAGGAGGAGGACGGGGAGGAGGGGGAGGAGGAGGAGGAGGAGAGUGAUGGGGGCGAUGACGAUGAUGGAGACUCGAACGGGUUGGAGAAUGAAGAUGAGACGUGGGACAACGACUCACCCGUGCACUUUCCCCCCACAUCCACCACCCCAUCAUCAUCAUUCUUUCCCUCACACGCAUCAUCCUCCCAUGCACCAUCACCAUCGUCGUCAUCGCCAUCCUUCCGGCCUGCACGGCAUCUGCACCACUAUGAAAGGGUCCUGUCUCGCCUCUCCGAGCUGCACUACCUCGAGGGCUGGCUGUCCGGCAGCCCUCCCCUGCUGGCCUACUUCGAAAACUCCUUUCCCAAUGGUCUCUACUCCUCCCUGCGCCUCACUGCUCCCCCUGGUCCUUCUCCUCUCUCCUUCAACCCGGUUCCAUCUUCCAACCCUGUGCCGUCGGCCAACCCGCCUCCUAUCAAUCCUCCGCUUUCUUUCACCCCACUAGCCGUGUCUCCACCCUCGACCGUCACGCCACGGUGUUCAUUCGUUCCCCCAGCAGUCGCUUCGGCAGCAGCACCCACUUCAGCAGCACCCACUUCAGCAGCCACAUCAGCGGCCACCUCAGCAGCACCAGCAGCACCAGCAGCGCCCCCACCACCACCACCACCGCCACCACCACCACCACCACCACCACCGCCGCCGCCACCACCACCACCAGCAGCAGGGGUUCGUCUUGGGCCCUCUAUCAGCAGCCUGGUCCCCGGCAGCAGUUUCUUCCUGUUUGGAACAGCCUUUGGGCUGGGAAGCAGGCCUGGGACGGGUGGUAGCAGUGCAGCAGCAGGAGUAGCAGCGUCUGAUGCCUGCACCAACAUCACCAGUAACAACAACACAUCUAGCGGUCGUGCGGCCAGCAGCAGCAUUGCUGGUAUUGUUGCUUCCAGUAUCCCAUGCACCCUGAACCCAAACCCUGACCUCUUCGCUCAACCUAACCCCAAUCAAUUUGGGUUCAGCGCUGCUGCCAGCACCACACCUAUGACCACCCCUGCUGCCACCAAUGUAAAUUUCAGCACCCCCAUUACCACUGUCACCACUACUGCCAUCACUACUGCCAUCACCACCACCUUUGCCAACGCCACCACCACUGCUAGAAGUACCAGCCGGGUGUUGGGCGGCGCUCUCCCCCGUCUGCACAUUCUCGUGGUGGACGGCUGCGGCUUGGACUAUCUGCCGCCUGGCCUGCUGCAGCUGCCCGAGGUCAAGGCGAUUGGAUUCUGUGGGCGGCACGGCGUGGGGUUUAGGGACAAGCAGGUGGCGGCGAGAGAAGGGUUUUCACAUCAUGCUUGUGGGAGCUUGGACCAUUUCCACAUGUAUGUGCGGAAUACCCGGUUCUUCUGCAGGCACUGCGGGGCCAAGGUUAGGAACCCUAGGUGAUGUGGGAGGGGGUGGAGAGGCAGGAGAGUGGGGUUCAGGGGCUAGCAGCUCUUCAGCAGGCACUGCGGGGCUAAGGUUAGGAACCCUAGGUGGUUGUGGGAGCAGGCGGAGUGGAGAGGCAGGAGAGUGGGGUGGUUUCAGGCACAAGCAGUUGGCGAUGAGGGAGGAGUUUUCACUUCGCGCUUGUGGGAGCUUGGACCAGCUUCACACGUAUGUGCGGGAGCGCAGUUUCCACAUGGAACACCAGGUUCUUCUGCUGGCACUGCAGGGGCUAAGGUGAAGAACCCUAGGUGAUGUGGGAGCUGGCAGAGUGGAGAGACAGGAGAAUGGGAUUCAAGGACAAGGGGCUUUGGUGGUUAGGAGAGAGGGGAGAGAUGGAUAGAUGAGGUGAGGUUGAGGAUUUUUGGAGGAGGGGUUUUCAUGCAGAAUACCAGGUUCUCCUAUAUGCACUGUAGGGCAAAGGUAAGACGCUUUGGAGAACCAGAGGUCGAGGUAAAUUGAAAAAGCCGAGGGGCUUGGAGGAGUGGAGGGAGGACUGGAAUGAUUCUGUGGUGGAGGGCCAGGAGGACUCUGAAUGGGAGAGAUACAGUAUGUGAGGAGAGCGUGGAAGAAGUUGAGGUGGAGGAGAAAGGAGAGAAAUAAGCAGGAGGGGAGGGGAGUGGGGGAGGAGGAAGGAGAGGUUAGGGAUUUGAGCUGAGAGGGAUGAGAAGAGGUGAACAUAAGUUGCGCCAGAGGUUGGUGUUACUGUCCUAAGGGGGUUGGCUGUGUAAGGCAGGCUACAGGUGACAGAAGCUGGGGGGGGGGGGGAGUUUAGCCACCUGGGUCUAAUCGGCGAGGGGCCAUUCUUUCGUGCAAACUUCACGUGGUUCCGGGGCUUCUGCUGCUCAGUUGGCAUGGCAAUGCAUAGGACAGGAGGUCUUUGGGGCCUAUGAUCUGGUAUGGAGGUGAAGUGGUUUGUUUGUGGAGGAAGUUGCACAAACGUUGGGAUCAGGUGGGUGGUUGUGCAACAUCAACGUGACAUGUAUGGGAUAAAUUCUAGCACAUGGAGCAUUUUGAAACUGUUGAUGUACUGUAUGCUUUCAUAACAAUAUGAAACUGUGAUGCAUUUGCGCC